UGCUGAAAUGCAGCGAAGUACCAGCUGCUGCCUGCAUGCUCGGUCCAUUACGGUAUUCCACAGCUAUCUAGCAGUGGAGCAGAGAAGCUUGGCGGAUGCAGAGAUAUAGAAGAAAGGGAGGAGAAGGGAAGCACAGAUUGCUGCAAAUUCAGACUUUAGCAGCAGCCUAAUUUUCACCACAGCAAAGCCACAGGACCUUUUGCCACCCGCCUCAUCAUGUUGAGGAAGGGCUCAGAGCUGCUGAAGGGAGACAGAGAGGUCCUCCUGGAUCUGGACUAUGAGGGUGAAGCACAAACCACAGACAGCUAUGGGAGUCUGCAGAACGGGAGCUUCAUCCCACCGAGAUAUCUUUCAGCCGCAGCUGCUGAUGAAGAUAUGGCUGGAGAUGAUCCUAUUUAUAUGCACUGUAAUACAAAAAGUAACCAGCCAGCUUCACAGCCGGGCAAUUACUUCAGAGAUGGAAGAACCAAAAUCGACUUUGUACUGGUGUGGGAGAUUCGCUCGCGGAGGAAACGACGAGGGAAGGGGAAGAGUGAGGUGACCGGUGAGGAGGGGGAAGCAGCGCCCACCGAGGAGAACAGCAGGUCUGAACGAAAGAGGGCACAGCUGGCACAGUGGCGGGAGAAGUUUGUUCAGAAUCUGGAGAGUGCUGGAUUGCUCAUGGAAAAGGAGGAAACAUCAAAUGAAAAGAAAACCAUACAUUUUCUGAAAAUCAGCGCUCCAUGGGAUGUGUUGGUGUAUUACGCUGAGGAGCUCUGUCAGAGAGCUCCACUGCAGGCACAGCCAAAUCUGGACUUAAACACAUCUGCUCGGCUACUGAAAAGACUAUGCAUACCUAACGUAUUGAUGGAGUCCGUGCCAAACAGGCCGCUGGACUAUUAUACAUGUGCCUUUCGCAAGUCCAAGAUGAACAGGUUCCUUGGCUGUCACAACCAUGAAACCUACUUCACUAACACACAGAGACACCGUAUUGUGUAUGAGAUUCUUGCUGGGACGGUGUACGGCAAGAGGAAAAGGGCUGAGGUUGGUGUGGACAGACUGGUAAAUGAAGGGGUGUACACAGCAGCUUUCCCCCUGCACGAGGGUCCUUUUCAGCUUCCAAAGUAUGAGAUUCGUCCCGACGAGUUGAACCAGAGGCAGAUUCUUUACCACUACUGGGCCCGCUGGUUCAAAUGGUACAAGUACCAACCACUGGACCACAUCAGGGAGUACUUUGGAGAGAAGAUUGCACUCUACUUUGCCUGGCUGGGUUUCUACACAGCCUGGCUGCUGCCGGCAGCUGUGGUUGGAACCCUGGUCUUUGUGUCUGGAGUCAUGUCCAUGGGUACCAACGCACCUGCUGAAGAAAUCUGUACCAGUGGAGCCAGUUAUCUAAUGUGUCCUCUCUGUAACACAUGCAAGGCCUGGAACAUGUCUGAAAUCUGCACCAUGGCCAAGUUGGGCUACUUAUUUGACCACCCAGGCACAGUCCUCUUCAGUGUGUUCAUGUCCUUCUGGGCUGUAACCUUCCUGGAGUACUGGAAGCGGAAGAUGGCCACCCUGGCCCAUCAUUGGGACUGCAUGGACUUCCAUGAAGAAGAGGAGCGUCCUCGUCCAGAGUUUGCAGCCACGGCCCCUACGAUGGAGCCAAACCCAGUGACAGGGGUGAAAGAGCCCUACUUUCCUGAGAAGACCAGGCUGUCCCGCAUGUUCACUGGCUCCAUGGUGAUCAUUAUGAUGCUGUGUGUGGUGAUGAUCUUCCUGGUGACAGUGGUCAUGUGCCGCGGUAUCAUCAGUGUGAUGAUGUUCCAUACUGGGAGCCCGGUCCUGCGUACAGAGGCAGGGACUAUAGCCAACAUCUCCAGCAGUAUUGUGAAUCUGGGCCUUAUCCUGCUGAUGGGCCAAGUCUACACUGCAUUAGCUGAGCAGCUCACUAAAUGGGAGAUGCACAGAACACAAACCCAGUAUGACAAUGCCUUCAUCUUCAAGGUCUUCAUCUUCCAGUUUGUCAAUUUCUACUCCUCCCCCUUCUAUGUGGCUUUCUUUAAAGGAAGGUUUGUGGGUUACCCCACCAACUAUGGGACCUUGUUUGGAAUGAGAAAUGAAGAUUGUGGUCCCGGGGGUUGCCUAAUUGAAUUGGCUGAGCAACUCUUCAUCAUCAUGGUGGGAAAGCAACUCAUCAACAACAUCCAGGAGUUCAUUAUCCCUAAAGUGAAGGCCUGGCGCCAGAAAAGAACUUUGGCCAAGGUGCUGGGGGAUAAGGCAUCCCAUGAGCCUCAGCGCUGGGAGGAAGACUACCAGCUGGUGGAGUGCGAAGGCCUGUUCGAAGAGUACCUGGAGAUGGUGCUCCAGUUUGGGUUCAUCACCAUCUUCGUGGCAGCAUUCCCCCUCGCUCCGCUCUUCGCCCUCCUCAACAACUGGGUGGAAAUCCGUCUGGAUGCCCACAAGUUUGUGUGCGAGUACCGCCGGCCGGUGGCUGAGCGCGCCCAGAACAUCGGAGUCUGGUUCAACAUACUGGAAGCCCUGUCGCACCUAUCUGUCAUCGCCAAUGCUUUCCUAAUAGCCUUCACAUCAGAUUUUUUACCUCGUCUGCUCUACCAGUACAAGUUCGGUAAUGAUCUCAAUGGAUACGUCAAUUUCACCCUGGCUUACGCCCCACUUAACUACAGCGAUUACCCCAUGUGCAGAUAUAAAGCGUACAGAGACAACAAUGGAAACUACACACUGUUCUACUGGGAGCUUCUCGCCGUCAGACUUGGCUUUAUCAUUGCUUUCGAGCAUGUGGUGUUCUUUGUCCUGCGAGCCAUUGACUGGAUCGUGCCCGACGUCCCUGAAUCCCUGGAGCUGAAGAUUAAGAGGGAGCGCUACCUGGCCAAGCAGGCUCUGGCUGAAAACCAGGAGGCUCUGUUGGUGAGUCGAGGCCGAGGGGCCGCCCCUGCCAGUCCAGGCAACUCCAGCCCAGGUCAGUAGAACAUGGGACACACACACACGAUGCAGUGCAAGACACAUUCAUCAAACACUCACACUGUAGUUACCGAAUUGAAUAUUUAGGGCAAGAGCAGGACUCUUAGGGUUCUAGAUCAGGGGUCCUUCGAUGUUUUAAUACCAGACAAAUAUGAGGCUGUUUUUGAUUAAAAUUACUCCAAGACAAUGAUAGCAUUUAAAGGAACACUUCACCCCCAAAUGAGCAUUUGAACUCAUCCUGUGUUAUGUUGAAUUUGUAAAGAAAACUUUGUUUCCAUCCAGGUGAUCAAUGCAACACUGGACAAGCAGAGUCCACAGGUUACCUACGGUGUUAAACCUGUCACUGUUGAUUCUCAUAAAUAAAUUCCAGAUUUUAAAGGCUUUUAAAAGCUCACCCACCCAUGCACACACACCUCCACAGAGCGUUUGCAAAGCACCUGCGGCUCGACUAGCUGUUAUAAACUCGCUACAGUGCACGCAACAUCAUCAUUAAAAGUAAUCUGAGUGGGAUCUGAGCCAAAUAUGUCAGUGUCAGAUGAAUUUCAUUACCUCAAUAGACCUUAUGGGUUGUUGGCAUGGUUCAUCAUUUCCUCUAUUAACACUGUUGUCCAUGUUUAAUGGAAAAGUUUGACAGAAAUUAGAUCAAUUAAUGAAAAAGCUUGCCUUCAAGCAGGAAGUAAACAGGAAGCAGCAGAGCAGUACAAAUAGAUCUGCAUAUCAAACACAGCCUGUACAUUCACAUUGUUUGUGGAGACAGUGGAGACAGUCCCAUAGAGUGUAUUUUCAGCCUCGUCUGUGUGUGUGUGUCCCUGUGCUCUGACCCAUGCUGUUGUGAUGUGUUUCAUGUAGUGCAUGUUGCUGGAUGAGGACAGGUGAGUACACAACACGUAAGUAAAUGGCAUUCUGGAGAAGGAUGACAUUAUUUCAGUCAUCAUAGCAGAAUUGAUCAAAUUAAAAUGGACAUAACACAUUCAGUGCUUUGGUAUUUUUCAACCUGGACCAUAUUUUCCCAUGUUUUUAUGUCUAAUUAAUGAAUGAGAACAAAAUAGUAAAAUAGUAAAAUCAUUUUUGUUUUAACCUGAAACAGCCCCAGAAUUACUAUCGCCAAACUCACCAGACACCAGACAAAAACAGUAGUUUUAUGGGAAUCCAUAUCCCAGUAUUUAAAGGAGCAUUAUUUCAAUACUGCAAAAUAAAUGUAAUAGGUUAACUUAUUAAAUUAAAAAUGCUGUUACCUGUGUUCCGCUUUAUAUUUUAUUACACACAACUCUUACAGUGUUUUGUUACAGUUUUGCUUGGAAAUCAGUUAUUUUGAAAGCAUAAUUUUGUAAAAAAAAAAAAAAGAA